UUUGAAAUAUUCUGUCAAGGCCGUGCUGUUUCGAUUUCCGAAGGUAAUCAUACUGUCUGCACAAACUGCGAGAAAGGCAUACCGGUAUCAUUUCCCCUGCACGACUUUAAAGUGGAGAAGCCACUAUAACACGUAGUUGGCUGUGUUCAUUCCUUCUCGGAUGAAAGAGAGACGAUUAGUGAUCCCUGACACAGUACAAAUUAAUAGUCAUGUCAUCUCCAUCAUCAGCAUGUAAUCCUUGUUUCAUGGGAUUAGACUUGAGCACUCAGCAGCUGAAAGUGAUCGUCAUUGAUGGUCAACAGCAGAUUGUCUACCAGGAUUCCGUUAGCUUCGAGAAUCAUCCCGUGUUGGCGGAGAAGUAUCAUGUGAAGGAAGGAUAUCAUGAGCAUUCUGAUGGACAAAGAUUCACAUCACCCACGCUGAUGUGGGUGGAAGCCUUGGAUAUCCUUCUGGAGCGUAUGAAACUGUCCCAAAGUGAUGUGUUCAGUAUCUCUAACAUCGUGGCAGUAUCUGGUUCAGGGCAACAGCACGGCAGCGUGUAUUUCCGCACGGGUGGCCAAGCCCUACUUGCCGCUCUCAAUCCGGAGAAAGCACUCUGCGAGCAGCUGUCGGCUGCUGAUGCAUUCGCUGUGGCCAACUCACCCAUCUGGAUGGAUAGCAGUACAAAGGCACAGUGCAGAGGCCUUGAAGAAGCUGUGGGCGGUGCUGAGACCCUUGCCUUGGCCACAGGUUCACGCGCCUAUCCUCGAUUCACCGGCUCACAAAUUGCGAAGAUUUCACAGACCGAGCAGGAUGCGUAUGGUGACUGCGACCGAGUAUGCUUGGUAAGCAGCUUCCUGUGUUCGCUGAUCUUUGGAGCCUAUGCACCUAUUGACUAUAGCGACGGAUCUGGCAUGAACCUUCUCAACAUUCACACACGUCGCUGGUUCUCCGAAGCGCUGCAAUACUGCGGCAAGGACUUAGAACAGAAGCUUGGCAUGUCAACGGCUUCCUAUGUGCCGGUCGGCAACAUUUCCAGCUACUUUGUUCAACGGUAUGCGUUCUCGCCGGGCUGCCAAGUGUUCCCCUGCACCGGGGAUAACCCGUCGUCAUUGGCCGGCUUGCGAAUUCGCCGUGGCGAUGUGGCUGUGAGCCUGGGAUCCAGUGACACUGUGUUCCUGUGGAUGGACGAAGCCAAGCCGGGUUUGCGCGGACACGUGUUCGUCAAUCCGGUCGAUGCCGACGCCUACAUGGGAAUGCUGUGCUAUCGAAACGGCAGCAGGACUCGUGAGCUGAUCCGCGACGAUCGCGUGCAGCUCAACGGUGAAUUGGAAAAGUAUCCAGCUGAUGUCAUUGCUUCGAGAUGGCAGUCAGAGUUCACUGAUCACCUUCUUGCCACAGCGCCGGGCAAUGGCGGAAAGCUCGGUGUGUACUUUCUGUGUGAAGAGAUUGUACCUCUUGCUCAUUGCAUCAAGCGUGUAGAUGCCAAUGACAGUCCUGUCCACGAGGCGUUUGACAAGGCCGCUGAGGUGCGAGCACUAGUCGAGGGCCAGUUUCUGGCUAAGCGCAUACACGCCAAGAGUCUGGGCUAUAGCUUUGGAGCUGAGCGCCGCGUUCUGGCAACAGGUGGAGCAUCAGUGAACCAAGCUGUCCUGCAGGUACUGUCUAACGUGUUCAAUGCACCGGUCUACACACUGGAUGUGUCCGAGUCAGCGUGCCUUGGUGCAGCCUACCGUGCACUACACGGCUAUAAGCGUAAGGCGAACGAGUCGCUUUGCUUUGCUGAUGCCCUUGGAGAUCCGCCAAGUCUGAACCUUGUGGCCUCGCCAGACCCUAACGCUACUGCUGUCUAUGAUUCCUUGGUAGAAAGAUACCAGCGGUUGGAGGAAUCGGCAGCUCGUGAGUUUCAAGCCAGUGCGUAGAGCUACGAUGAUGCCUGUGUGUGUGUGUGUGUGUGUUUGUGUGUGUGUUUGUGUGUGUAUG